AUGGGGCGAAUACUGUCUACCCUUGGAUCGAAUUAUAAGUCGUUCAAGGAUGUCUGGGAGAACAUACAGCCAGAGGAUCGACCGGUGAAUUUGCUCAUGGAGCGUCUCUGUACCAUAGAACGCCGAGGAAACAAAUCGAGUGAGCAGGCGUUCGCGGCUAAGGACUUUUACUCAUCAAAGAACAACAUCAAGCGGAAGAACGAGAACAAGAAAAUGAGAUUCUCGUGCAGGAAGUAUCAAAAGUUGCAACAGGACAGAUUCCUCUUGGAAAACUGGAUAUGCGAUAGCGGAGCAUCCGUGCACAUGAUGUCGAACAGAAACUAA